GUUGAGUUGAAUCGACCUUUUUGAUACAUUAUUAAAAAAAAACAACAAAGUUAAAAGCUAUAUUUAAAGUAUAGAAAAUAAUUUUUUUUCAAAUCAACUAAAUUCCUAAAUAUUUUAUUCAUAUGUAAUACUUGAUUUUAUUAAUUAUAGUUUGAGGACAGUAAUGCGAAUGGGUCGAUCAGGAAGGAGAUCUCGUAGUCGAGAUCGCAGACGAUCACGAAGUCGUGACCGUGGCUAUGGCAGCGGUGGAAGUGGACGUCGCAACAACAACAGUGGAGGGUUACGUAAACCAAGAUGGGAUCUAAAUCGUCUCGAAUCAUUUAAAAAAGAUUUUUAUGUACCACAUGAAAAUGUUUCCAAACGAUCCAUUCACGAAAUUGAAGAAUGGCGUGCUUCGAAAGAGAUAACUCUGAAAGGAAAAAGUAUUCCGUAUCCAGUAUUUAGUUUUGAAGAAGCUGGUUUUCCUGAUUAUGUUAUGGACGAAAUUCAACGAAUGGGAUUUGAAGAUCCAACAGCUAUUCAAGCGCAAGGUUGGCCGAUUGCAUUAUCAGGACGUGAUAUGGUUGGAAUUGCAUCGACCGGAUCAGGAAAAACUUUAUCUUAUACAUUGCCAGCGAUUGUCCACAUUAAUAAUCAACCACGAUUGCAACGUGGAGAUGGACCAAUUGUGUUAAUAUUAGCACCCACACGUGAGUUGGCUCAACAAAUUCAACAAGUUGCCAACGAAUUUGGACGAUCGUCUCAAAUUCGAAACACUUGUGUUUUCGGUGGAGCUCCCAAGGGACCACAAGCCAAUGAUCUAAUGGAUGGUGUUGAAAUUGUAAUAGCAACACCUGGGCGAUUAAUUGACUUUUUAGAAACAGGAAGGACAAAUUUAAAACGUUGUACAUAUUUAGUACUUGACGAAGCUGAUCGUAUGUUAGAUAUGGGUUUUGAACCACAAAUACGUAAAAUUAUUGAACAAAUCCGUCCAGAUCGACAAACUUGUAUGUGGUCAGCGACAUGGCCAAAAGAAGUACAAAGUUUGGCAUCGGAAUUUUUAAAAGAUUAUAUACAGAUCAAUGUUGGUUCAUUACAACUAGCAGCAAAUCAUAAUAUUUUACAAAUAAUUGACGUGUGCCAAGAGUAUGAAAAAGAGACUAAAUUAAGCACGCUUUUAAAAGAAAUUAUGGCUGAACAAGAGAAUAAGACUAUUAUUUUUAUUGAGACUAAACGACGUGUUGAUGAUAUUACACGGAAAAUGAAACGUGAUGGGUGGCCUGCGGUUUGUAUACACGGUGAUAAAACUCAACAAGAACGAGAUUGGGUAUUACAAGAUUUUCGCUCAGGGAAAGCUCCAAUUUUGGUAGCUACAGAUGUAGCAGCUCGCGGUUUAGAUGUGGAAGAUGUGAAAUUUGUGAUAAAUUUUGAUUAUCCGUCAAAUUCAGAAGAUUAUGUACAUCGUAUAGGACGUACCGGGCGAUCACAACGUACCGGAACAGCGUAUACAUUUUUUACGCCUAGUAAUGCAAACAAAGCAGCUGAUUUAGUGGCUGUUUUAAAAGAGGCAAAACAAGUGAUUAAUCCAAAAUUACAAGAAAUGGCUGAAAGUCGUAAUAAUGGAUGGGGAAAUUCUAGCGGCGGAAGAGGAAGAAAUCGUUGGCGUGGAAAUCGUGUAAUUCGAAACCAUAGUGAUUCACGUAGUCGCUCUAGAUCACGUGACCGAGAUCGUGAACGUGACAGAGAUCGUGAUCGUAGACGACGUAGUCGUACCCGAUCACGUAGUCGAGAUCGUCGAAGAAAUGGUAGCAAUAGAUUACGUUCUCGAACACCUCCCUCACCACGUUCAUCCCGUUCAAGUAAAUCUCAACAAACUAAUACACAACAGGUUUCAGCACCACCAGCCGGUGGUAUUAGUGGUGGUACACCUGCGUCACACGCCAGUAAUGGGAAUACUGGAUCACAUGGACAACAGCAGCAACAACAGCAACAAGAGCCACCACCACCACAGCGUAAUACACCAUUACCUCCAACACAUACUGGGCCACCACCACCCCCACCACCAGCUCAACAACAGGCUCAUUAUCCGAAUAAUAAUCAAAAUACGUACUCGAAUGUUUCAAAAUAUUCAUGCCCACCAGGUCCAGCACCCCCACCAUUACCACCCCCGAAUCCUGUACACCAUUUACCACCACCUCAACAACCUCCACCGCCACAACCACAGCAAAUCGCUCAUCAUAUUCAGAGGCCACCACCACCGAUAGCGAUGCCUAAUCUAAGUGUACCACCACCACCUACUCCACAGAGUAUGGCAGCAGCCGCACAUCAUCAUCAGCAACAGCAACAACAUCAUCAUCAUCAAAUGAUGGCUGCUCAAAAUGUUUACCAUCAUCCACAUCAUCCGCAUCACCCCCACCAAAUGCAUCAACAGCCACCACCCCCGUUUCAUCAGGGUAUGAUGAUGCAACCACCUCCGCCACCGCCCCCGCAAAUGAAUUCGGCACCAACAAUGUAUUAUAAUCCACCACCACCGCCACCCCCAGCAUCUGCAGGACCUGCUGGUGGUGGAUGCUGGUUGCCACCACCACCGCCGCCACAUACUCGUUGAUAUUAAGGGGAUGAUUCAUGUUGAGAUGUAUAUGAAGAUAGCUUUACAAUUGAAAGUUUGUAUAGCAAAGUAUGAUAAACGAUCAAGAUGAUGGAAGGAGACGAUAAAUAGAUUGAAUUUUUUGAAAUUGUCGCCAAAGUGUAAGAUAAUUAAAUGGAAAAAA